GCAAAGCCACCAGUCAUCCGCCGGCGACGAGGAAGAGGACAGCUCAGCACCCGAGCUAGAGUCGUUGGAAUACGUCCUUGUUUAUCCCAUUAAUAUGCACAGGAUUUAAUUAGCCAUAGAAUCCGGACGAGGAGCAGGGGGCAGAAUGAGACCCAUUUGGGAGUCGGCCAGCAGGCCGCUGUUUGUGCGCUCCGUGUGGCAGGAGGCGAUCGGGAGGCGCCACUUCAUCCUCGACUACGAGCCGCGACAGAGGCAGCGCUGGAAGCGCCAGAAGACGAGGCUGAGAGGUGACAACUACCAGCAGACGCAAUCUUGCGAGAUCUACGAGCAGUCACCGGAGGAAAGCGUGGAGUACCUGGACGAGGACCUGCUUCUGGACGCCACCAAGCUGACGCUGCAGCAGCAACAGUCGCUUCCCGCCUUGGGUGGGCGGCCGGGCCCCGCCCCCUCGACGGGUGGAGGUCAACGCGACCAGCGGCACAACAGCCGCCAAUCGAAGCGACGAGCCUGGCUGCUGAGCCGCGGGCGCACCUAUCACCUGGACCAUCUCAUGGAGCAUCAGUCGCGGAGAAGCUCCUUGCAAGAUGCAGCCAGCAACCUGACCACGACGGCCAACAAUCCGGAGGAGCGUCUGGCGGAGAGGGUGCUCCACUGGCUGGAUUUGGCUGGACGCACGGAUAUAGUGAAGGCGGCGGUGGUGCCCAGUCCACCGGCCACCAGUAGUGCCCAGUUGGCCAGAUCCGCCCAGCGGAUGCAGCGCAGCCAGCAUCGCAGCAUGAGUCUAAAGCGAGUGGCGGCGGCGGCAGCGAAUCACCAGCGAUCGGUGGCCAGGAAGCCCAGUGCCAAGCCGCCGCCACCCUCCGCCCCGCAGGUCACCACCUCCUCCCCGUCCGCCUCCAAUGCCAAGCCCAUAACCAUAAUAUUCAACAAGGAGGGUGUGCCGGUGCGCCUCAAUAGACCCGCUCGGAACAUCGAUCUCUGCACCCUGAGCAGCAGUGCCAGCACCACGCGAAGAUUGGCGGGUCAGCUGGCCUCGGCCCGCCUGUACAGUGGAGCCAGUGCAUCCCCUCUGACGGAGGACAGCCGCACACCGCCUCUAAGUAGUCGGGGAAUGGCAUCGGCUGCCUCGGAUAGCCGGAAACAGCUGCACAUCUUCAUGCCCAGUCUGCCCAAGAAGGGUUUGCUGGCCGCGGGAUCGGCGGCUGGCAGUGGGAUUGGGGGUUCUGGCGAGGAUGCCCUGAGCACCAGCUUCAGUGAGCUGUGCCAGCUGUAGUACGUCUCUGUCUAGUCAGUAAAAUCUGAUUAAAAUGGGCCUUACAAAAUGAAGAAACACUACACAGUUCUGAAUAA